AUGACAAUAACUGUCAUUUUGGGUUUGAAAAGACACCUCAACAACAAAGAGCCGGAAAAUAUUAAACAAAUUAACAAUUCAUCAUGUGCAGCUCAAGUUUUCAGUCAAAGAGUUGCAGCCACAGUAAAUUUUUUAGCAAAAACUUUACCGAAGGCCUCUACUUCAAAGGAUGCAUAUCAAAUUAGAAAACAGUCUAAACCUCAACAACAAAGAGUCGGAAAUGUUAAAAAGUCCUACAGUGUAGCAGAGAAGGAAAUAAAGCAUUGCCAGAGAAAUGCAGAGGGACAGCUAUCUUUAUAA